AUUUCGUGCUAAAUUAAACAGUAUCAUGUCAGGUCGCGGCAAAGGUGGUAAAGUCAAGGGAAAGUCAAAGACCCGUUCGAGCAGGGCCGGACUCCAGUUCCCCGUCGGUCGUAUCCAUCGUAUGCUCCGUAAAGGAUCGUACGCUGAGCGUGUCGGUGCCGGUGCCCCCGUGUACUUGGCCGCCGUCAUGGAGUACUUGGCCGCUGAAGUCCUCGAGUUGGCCGGUAACGCCGCUCGUGACAACGAGAAGACCCGUAUCAUCUCCCGUCACUUGCAAUUGAUGGCCAUCCGAAACGACGAAGAGUUGAACAAACUUCUCUCCGGAGUUACCAUCGCUCAAGGUGGUGUCCUGCCCAACAUCCAGGCCGUCUUGUUGCCCAAGAAGACCGACAAGCCCGCUAAAGCUUAAAUUCUAUGGAAUUCUCAUCUUGAACAUUAAUAAAACGGCUCUUCUCAGAGCCAACAAUAUAAUUCGAAUAGAGAAUUUCUAACCUGUC